AACCCUCCUGCAGCUCCGGACCGGGCCACACAACAGAACCCUCCUGCAGCUCCGGACCGGGCCACACAACAGAACCCUCCUGCAGCUCCGGACCGGGCCACACGAUGUCUCGAUUUUUGGACAUUAGAGAACUUGGAGAAGCCGCUCGCUACCUCCGACUCACCAACUUGGAGCAGCUGGCGGCCAAGGCCGAGGCCUUUGAUGGAACCAAACGUAUUUGGAUGCCAGAUGAAGUUGAAGCGUACAUCGAGGUGGAGGUCAAGGAACUGAAUGGAGAGAAGACAACUGUAGAGACUAAAGAUGGACGGUUUCUCAUCGUAAAAGAGGACGACCUGCAGCUGAUGAACCCUCCAAAGUUCGACAUGAUCGAGGACAUGGCCAUGCUGACCCACCUUAACGAAGCCUCUGUCCUCUUCAACCUCAGGAGACGAUACGGCAUGUGGAUGAUCUACACGUACUCGGGCCUGUUCUGUGUGGCCGUCAAUCCCUACAAAUUGCUUCCUGUUUACACCACCGCUGUGAUAACGGGCUACAAAGGGAGACGCCGUACGGACAUGCCGCCCCACAUCUAUGCUAUCGCUGACAACGCCUACACUGACCUGCUGAAGAAUCGUGAGAACCAAUCAAUGCUCAUCACUGGGGAGUCAGGGGCAGGGAAAACGGUCAACACCAAGCGGGUGAUCCAGUACUUCGCCAUCAUUGCUGCUUUGGGGGAAAAUGUGAAAAAAGUUGGCUCUUUGGAGGAUCAGAUCAUUGAAGCAAAUCCUGCCAUGGAGGCGUUUGGAAACGCCAAAACCAUUCGAAAUGACAACUCCUCUCGCUUUGGAAAAUUCAUCAGAAUUCAUUUUGGGCCGACUGGGAAGCUGGCGUCGGCUGACGUCGACAGCUAUCUUCUGGAAAAGUCCAGAGUUGUGUUUCAGCAGCCAGGAGAGAGAAGUUACCACAUCUAUUACCAGAUUCUGUCCAAUCGCAAACCAGAACUACAAGACAUGCUGCUGGUGACCACCAACCCCUAUGACUACCACUUCUGCUCUCAGGGAGUGACCACUGUGGAGGGCAUCAACGACGGGGAUGAGCUAUGUCUCACCGACCGCGCCAUGGACACGUUGGGCUUCACCCCUGAGGAGAAGUACGGCUGCUAUAAACUGGUUGGAGCCAUCAUGCACUUUGGAAACAUGAAGUUCAAGAAGAAACAAAGAGAAGAGCAGGCUGAGGCUGACGGCACUGAGAGUGUGGACAAGGCWGCGUACCUGAUGGGCAUCAGUGCUUCUGAGCUGCUGAAGGGGCUGCUGAACCCGCGGGUCAAAGUUGGAAAUGAGUUUAUAGUUAAAGGGCAGACGGUUGAACAGGUGAACUACGCUGUUGCAGCUUUGGCCAAAGCCACGUAUGACCGGAUGUUCAAGUGGCUCGUGGGCCGGAUCAACUCGUCUUUGUACACCUCUCUGCCUCGACAGUACUUCAUCGGAGUUCUGGACAUAGCCGGCUUUGAAAUCUUUGAGCUGAACAGCUUCGAGCAGCUCUGCAUCAACUUCACCAACGAGAAGCUGCAGCAGUAUUUCAACCACCACAUGUUCGUCCUGGAGCAGGAGGAGUACAAGACUGAGGGCAUCGAGUGGACCUUCAUAGACUUUGGUCUGGACCUGCAGGCCUGCAUUGACCUCAUAGAGAAGCCYAUGGGGAUCCUGUCCAUCAUGGAGGAGGAGUGCAUGUUCCCCAAAGCCACGGACCAAAGCUUCAGAACCAAACUGUACGACAACCACCUGGGAAAGUCCCCCAACUUCCAGAGACCACGACUGGACAAGAAGCGCAAAUACGAGACACACUUUGAGCUGGUUCACUACGCCGGGGUGGUGCCGUACAACAUCAUGGGCUGGCUGGACAAGAACAGAGAUCCUCUGAAUGAGACAGUGGUGGCUCUUUUCCAGAAAUCCUCCAGCAAACUGAUGGCCGGGCUGUUUGAUUAUUARGUCUGCGCUGAGAUGGAGGGGGAACUCAAGAGGGAAACCAAACACAGGAAGAGGAAAGCUGCAUCUUUUCAGACUGUCUCACAGCUGCACAAGGAAAAUCUGAACAAACUGAUGGCGAACCUCCGCAGCACUCAGCCUCACUUUGUCCGUUGUAUCAUCCCCAACGAGACCAAGAGUCCAGGGGUGAUAGAUCCCUUCCUGGUCCUCCAUCAGCUCAGGUGUAAUGGAGUCCUCGAGGGAAUCAGGAUUUGCAGGAAGGGUUUUCCAAACCGUCUCCUGUACGCCGAGUUCAAACAGCGGUAUCGUAUCUUGAACCCGACUGCGAUCCCCGAGGACUCGUUCAUGGACAGCAGGAAGGCAGCAGAGAAGCUCCUGGGCUCUCUCUACAUAGACCACACUCAGUACAAGUUUGGACUCACGAAGGUCUUCUUUAAAGCAGGUUUGUUGGGACAGCUGGAGGACAUGAGGGACAACCGUCUGUCCCACAUCAUCACGGCAGUCCAGGCCAUGUGCAGAGGGAAACUGAUGAGGAUCGAACGACAGGAUCUGACUCUGAAACGAGARGCUCUGCUGGUCAUCCAGCUCAACYUCAGGGCGUUCUUCUCGGUUAGGACUUGGCCCUGGAUGAUGAUGUUCUACAAGCUCCGCCCACUGCUCAGGAGCGCCCAGGUGGAGAAGGAGCUGGCUGCUCUCAGAGAGGAUUUCGRCAAGUUAAAAGAAGCCUUUGAAAGGUCGGAGGCGAAGCGUCGGGAGGCCGAGGAGCGGCAGGUGGUGUUGGUUCAAGAGAAAAAUGAUUUGGCUCUGCAGCUUCAAGCAGAGCAAGACAACCUGAUGGACGCAGAGGAGCGCUGCAAUCAGCUGAUUCAGUCCAAAAUCUCCCUGGAGUCGAAGCUGAAGGAGGCGCAGGAGCGUCUGGAGGACGAAGAGGAGGUGACCGCCAACCUGACGUCCAAGAAGCGUCAGCUGGAGGACGAGGUGCUGUCCCUGAAGAGGGACGUGGACGACCUGGAGAUCACGCUGGCUAAAGUGGAGAAAGAGCGACACAGCGUGGAAAACAAGGUGAAGAACCUGUCCCAUGAGAUGUGUGUUCUGGAUGAAUCCAUUGCAUCUUUGAGCAGAGAGAAGGCUGCCCUGGUGGAGGCCCACCAACAGGCCCUCAAUGAUCUGCAGGCGCAGGAGGACAAGGUCAACAUGCUUGCUAAAGCCAAGGCUCGACUGGAGCAGCAGGUGGACAACGCCGAGGCCUCCUUGGAGCAGGAGAAAAGGGUACGAAGUGAUCUGGAUCGAACCAAGCGUAAACUGGAGGGGGACCUGAAGCUGUCCAUGGAUUCAGUGAAGGACCUGGAGAACCAGAAAGAAGAGCUGGAGGACAGACUGAAGAAGAAAGACUUUGAGGUGGAUCAGCUUCAAGCCAAAAUGGAGGAUGAGCAGAGCGUGGCCACUCAGCUUCAGAAGAGGAUGAAGGAGCUUCAGACUCGCAUCGAGGAGCUGGAGGAGGCGCUMGAGGCGGAGCGGGCCUGGCGCCUCAAAGCUGAACGCCAGAGGAACGACAUCGCCAAGGAGCUGGAGGAGCUGGGAGAGAGGRUGGAGGAGGCGGGAGGAGCCUCGGCCGCUCAGAUCGCCCUCAACAGGAAGCGAGAGGCUGACUUCCAGAAGUUGCGUCGGGAGAUGGAGGAGGCGGGGCUUCACCAUGAGGCCAUGGUGGCCACUCUGAGGAAGAAGCACUCGGACACUGUGACGGAGCUCAGUGAGCAGAUCGAAGCUCUGCAGAGAUCCAAACAGAAACUGGAGAAGGAGAAGACRGAGGUCAAGCUGGAGGCUGACGACCUGACCAUCAAUGUGGAGCAGCUGACCAGGACUAAGGGGGCGGUGGAGAAGAUGUGCAGGGUCUUUGAGGACCAACUGACUGAGAGCAACAACCGAGCAGAUGAACUUCAGAGACAACUGACCGAAGUUUCUGCUCAGAAAGCUCGAGCCGUGACAGAAGCUGACGAGUACCGCCGUCGUCUGGAGGAGCGGGACGUUACGAUCGGUCAGCUGCAGCGCUCCAAGCUCAGUUUCAGUCAGGACACUGAGAAUUUGAAGAAGCAACUUGAGGAAGGUAGCCAGGCUCGGGUGGCGRUGGCUCACGCCCUGCAGGGGUCUCGGCAUGACGGCAGUUUGCUGAGGGAGCAGCUGGAGGAGGAGCAGGAGGCCAAAGCUGAGCUGCAGAGGGCGCUGUCCAAAGCCAACAGCGAGGUGGUUCAGUGGAGAGCYAAGUACGAGACCGACGCUGUGCUGAGAAUAGAGGAGCUGGAAGACGCAAAGAAGAAGCUGGUGGUGAAACUGCAGACUGUAGAAGAAGCCUUGGGAGGAACUCAGGCUAAAUGUUCCUCGCUGGAGAAAACCAAGCAGCGUCUGCAAGCAGAGAUCGACGACCUGGUGGCUGAACUGGAGCGCUCCAACGCUGCCACUCUGGCUCUGGACAAGAAGCAACGAAACUUCGACAAGCUGCUGAGCGACUGGAAGCUGAAGUUUGAGGAGAGUCAAUCGGAGCUGGAGGCGUCGCAGAGAGAGUCUCGCAGUCUGAGCACCGAACUCUUCAAACUGAAGAACAGCUACGAAGAAGCUCUGGACCAACUGGAGACCGUCAAACGAGAAAACAGGAACCUGCAAGAGGAGAUCCUGGACCUGACAGACCAGAUCAGUCAGGGAGGGAAGACCAUCCACGAGCUGGAGAGGAUGAAGAAGAUCUUGGACGUGGAGAAGAGCGACAUCAGAGCUGCUCUGGAGGAAGCAGAGGGGACGCUGGAGCACGAGGAGAGCAAGACCCUGAGGUUUCAGAUGGAGCUGCAGCAGAUCCGGACUGAGGUCGACAGAAAGAUCGCCGAGAAAGACGAAGAGAUAGAAAACCUCAGGCGGAGCCACCAGCGCUCCCUGGAGAACAUGCAGACCAGUCUGGAGGCGGAGAUCCGCAGUCGCAGCGAGGCCGUCCGCCUGAGGAAGAAGAUGGAGUCGGACCUGAARGAGAUGGAGGUUCAGCUGGGACACGCUAACCGGCAGGCAGCCGAGAGUCAGAGGAUCAUCAGACACCUGCAGACACAGGUCAAGGAGCAGCAGGUGGAGCUGGAGGACCGGGUCCAGCUGACCAAUCAGCUCCAGGAGCAGGUGGUCCUGUUGGAGCGCAGGUGCUCACUGCUGACGGCGGAGGAGGAGGAGCUGAGAGGCGUCCUGGAACAGACCGACCGGGCUCGAAAGAUGGCCGAAACCGAGCUGCUGGAGGUGGUGGAGAGAGCCAACCUGCUCACCACGCAGAACGCAGGUCUGGUGAACCAGAAGAGGAAGRUGGAGGUGGACCUGUCUCACCUGACGGAGGAGGUGGACGAGGCCGUGCAGGAGAGCCGCAGCGCUGAAGAGAAAGCCAAGAAGGCCAUCACCGAUGCGGCGCUGAUGGCCGAGGAGCUGAAGAAGGAGCAGGACAGCAGCACCGUCCUGGAGAGGAUGAAGAAGAACAUGGAGUCCACCGUGAAAGAGCUGCAGGUGAAACUGGACGUGUCGGAGCAGACGGCUCUGAAAGGAGGAAAGAAGCAGAUUUACAAACUGGAGACAAGAGUGAAGGAGCUGCAGACGGAGCUGCUGCUGGAGAAGAAGAACAGUGAGGAUUAUCAGAAAGGACUUCGUCGCUGUGAGAGGAGAGUCAAAGAGCUGACGUACCAGUCCGAGGAGGACAAGAAGACUUUGCUGAGGAUGCAGGAACUGAUCGACAAGCUGCAAGCUAAAGUCAAGACUUACAAGAGACAAGCUGAGAACGCUGAGGAGCAGGUGAGCAGCACCGCCGUGCGUUUCCGUAAAGUCCAACAUGAGCUGGACGACGCCGAGGAGAGAGCUGACAUCGCCGAGACCACCGUCAACAAGCUGCGGAUUCGAACCCGCGAACAAACCAGCAGCAAGAUCACCGUGGUGAGUCACCAACAAACAAACAAACAAACAAACAAACAAAAAAACAAACAAACAAACAAACAAACAAACAAACAA